ACAUGCAGUCCUGGUACAGGCGCGAGUGCUAACAUUAGCUACAGCAGACUUGUUACAGACAUCAGAGCUAACGUUAGCUACAACAGUCCUGGUACAAAUGUUUACGUUUCCAAAAUGUUUUACUUUUUUUUUUUAUUUGGUGACAAGACGAUUUGAAUUAAAUUGUCAUGGUUGAAGAAGUUGGUUAACACUUCGACACACACCUUGACAUUCAAUACAUUUUUUAAUAUAUUUUAUUUAGUUUGUUUUUCAUUAUUCAUUACUUUUUUUUUUUUUUGCUCCUCUAGGAGGCAUUUCCACAGAGCCGUGUUCUCAGAAACUUUCCUCAUAUUUAUUCCCAGUUGGUCAUUAAUCUGGAUGAGGAAUAACAAAUAUCCUUCAUUAGUCCUAAUUUUACACACUUCAACUUUAAGUAAUGACACUUAAAAAAAAACCAACAGGACGCACGGAUGCAAAACAAGCUAUUUCAAAUGUACGUGCAGCUCAUGGAUUAUUUAUCAACGCCGCAGCCGUGAAUAAGUUUUGCUGCGAGGCUUUUCUAACAUUUGAAUAGGAAAAAUUCACAGGAUGAGAAUAAAUGUCGUCAUUAAUCGGUGACAUUUGAAACUGACGACAGCAGGUGUAUGAAUGUUUGUGCCCGGUGUUUACCAGGCAGAAAUGCUUUCUCCUAAUUAGCGAGCAGCGCAGCAUUAAUGGAGCAGUUAAUGAACGAACACAGAAACUGUUGUCGCUCCAAACAUAACGCCACAGAGGCAGAGAGGGAAAUGGAUUCUGGGUAGAAUGUUCUAGAGAUUUCUAGAGAAUGUUGCCCUCUGAUAAUUCAAGGUUUUUAGCAGCGGCGUUAGUUGACGGUGAUCGAGAGUUAUUGAAAAAUGCAACAAAAAAGACAAAUAGAAUUAGCAACCAGUCAUUAUCUACAGUGUGUAGGUGUUCAUCAUGUAGGCUGCCCCCUGCUGGAGGUUUUUUACAAUUUUCUGCUUCUUUGAACUUCCACACAGACACCAACUUCGUGCUGGGAAACGCCCAGAUCGUGGACUGGCCCAUCGUCUACAGCAACGAUGGUUUCUGCAAGCUGUCGGGUUACCACCGGGCAGAGGUGAUGCAGAAGAGCAGCACCUGCAGCUUCAUGUACGGCGAGCUCACAGACAAGGACACCACGGAGAAAGUGCGACUCACGUUUGAGAAUUACGAGAUGAACUCGUUCGAGAUUCUCAUGUACAAGAAGAACAGAACACCUGUGUGGUUCUUCGUGAAGAUCGCUCCCAUUCGGAACGAACAGGAGAAAGUCGUGCUGUUUCUCUGCACGUUCAGUGACAUCACGGCCUUCAAACAGCCAAUCGAAGACGAUUCGUCCAAAGGUUGGGGGAAGUUUGCUCGACUGACUCGAGCGCUAACGAGCAGCAGAGGAGUUCUCCAGCAGCUGCAGCCCACGGUCCACAAAGGAGAGAACGUCCACAAACACUCCCGCUUAGCUGAGGUGAGGAGGAAACCGACGAGUGAAUCGGUGACGAAGGGAACUGUUUGUGUUGUCCUGCAGCUGGGCUCAGACAUCCUACCUCAGUACAAGCAGGAGACCCCCAAGACCCCGCCCCACAUCAUCCUGCACUACUGCCUCUUCAAGACCACCUGGGACUGGGUCAUCCUCAUCCUCACCUUCUACACGGCCAUCAUGGUCCCGUACAACGUCUCCUUCAAGACCAAGCAGAACAACGUGACCUGGCUGGUGGUGGACAGCAUCGUGGACGUCAUCUUCCUGGUGGACAUCGUCCUCAACUUUCACACCACCUUCGUCGGUCCUGCCGGCGAGGUCAUCUCCGACCCCAAGCUGAUCAGGAUGAACUACCUGAAGACGUGGUUCGUCAUCGACCUGCUGUCCUGCCUGCCCUACGACGUCAUCAACGCCUUCGAGAACGUGGACGAGAACUGGAACCACCGAGCUGUCACUCAAGGCAUCAGCAGUCUCUUCAGCUCUCUGAAAGUGGUCCGUCUCCUCCGUCUGGGCCGGGUCGCCCGUAAACUGGACCACUACAUUGAGUAUGGGGCGGCUGUUCUGGUCCUGCUGGUGUGUGUUUUCGGACUAGCUGCUCAUUGGUUGGCCUGCAUCUGGUACAGCAUCGGUGAUUACGAAGUGAUCGACGAGGAAACCAACAUCGUCCGCAGCGACAGCUGGCUGUACCAGCUAGCGGAGACGGUGGGGACGCCGUAUCGCUUCAACGCCAGCGGCUCGGGGAAGUGGGAGGGCGGUCCCAACAAGGACUCGGUCUACAUCACCUCGCUGUACUUCACCAUGACCAGCCUGACCAGCAUAGGCUUCGGCAACAUCGCGCCCACGACGGACGGAGAGAAGAUCUUCGCUGUGGCCAUGAUGAUGAUUGGAUCUCUGCUCUACGCCACCAUCUUCGGUAACGUGACCACCAUCUUCCAGCAGAUGUACGCCAACACCAACCGUUACCAUGAGAUGCUCAACAGCGUGCGAGACUUCCUCAAACUGUACCAGGUGCCUAAAGGCCUGAGUGAACGGGUGAUGGACUACAUCGCCUCCACCUGGUCCAUGUCACGGGGCAUCGACACCGAGAAGGUGCUGCAGAUUUGUCCAAAGGACAUGAGGGCGGACAUCUGCGUCCAUCUCAACCGGAAGGUUUUCAAAGAGCACCCAGCUUUCCGUCUGGCCAGCGACGGCUGCCUCCGAGCUCUGGCCAUGGAGUUCCAGGCCAUCCACUGCGCCCCCGGUGACCUGAUCUACCACGCUGGAGAGAGCGUGGACAGCCUGUGUUUCGUGGUGUCGGGGUCACUGGAGGUCAUCCAGGAUGACGAGGUGGUGGCUAUUUUGGGUAAAGGUGACGUUUUCGGAGACGUCUUCUGGAAGGAAGUGACCCUGGCUCAGGCCUGCGCCAACGUCCGAGCUCUGACCUACUGCGACCUCCACGUCAUUAAACGCGACGCCCUGCAGAAGGUGCUGGAGUUCUACACGGCGUUCUCCAACCACUUCUCCAGGAACCUGCUGCUCACCUACAACCUGCGGAAGAGGAUCGUCUUCCGAAAGAUCAGCGACGUGAAGCGAGAGGAGGAGGAGCGGCAGAGGCGUAAAAACGAAGCCCCGCUCAACCUGCCGCCGGACCACCCGGUACGAAAACUCUUCCAGCGUUUCCGGCAGCAGAAGGAGGCGAAGAUGGGGUCGGAGAAACCGCAGCUGGACGAGCACGAUAUCGAGAAGGGGCCCAUGUACGUGGAAAUCCCGAUGGCUAAAACCGCCAUCACCGCCACCAGCAUGGUCACAGUGACCGAAAGUCCGGCGACGCCGUCGCCUUCGACGCCCACGUCGUCAUCGCCGCUACAGUCGACGGCGACAGACAAGGCCAAGCUGCAGGUGCCGACGCAGGGGUGUUUGGUAGGAUGUCGCUCCGCAGAACCGGUCAAAGCCAAAGGCUGGGGUCGAUUCAAGGAGUCCAUGGUCAAAGCUGACAACUGGAACAAAGUGUCGAAAGCCGAGUCCAUGGAAGUUCUACCGGAACGGACCAAGGCCCACGAGUCACAGACGUGUCUGAAAAAGACGGACUCCUGCGACAGCGGCAUCACCAAAAGUGACCUGCGUCUGGACAAAGUGGGAGAGUUCCGCACGACCCCUCAGGACCGCAGCCCGGUCCAGCCUGCGGAGACCAGGCAUCCCUUCUACCCCAUCCCUGAACAGACCCUUCAGGCCUCGCUGCAGGAGCUGAAGCUGGAGCUGAAGGACGACAUCAAGAACCUGAACGCUCGGAUGUCCGUCCUGGAGGCGCAGCUAACGGAGGCGCUGCAGCUCCUCAAGACCAGGCACCGGAGUGCUGGUUCUCCUCAGCACCUCUUUGACAUUUCUAGACCUGCUUCGCCAGAGCAAGACAAAGAAGACAUCUUCUCUUGAAGAAUGCAGGAGUCAGCAGAGGCUUCAGUUCAGUCUCCGAACUCAGCCGGAAUCCUGUGAUCCCAGAUUACACGGAUGGCUGAGGCUGCGGCGUUUAGAUUAGGGCAGCGGCGUGGUCCGAUCUUAAGACGCCACGAUCCAUUGCCCGUAGAGUCUCGUACCUGUUGGUAGUGCAGGCAGACGUCCUGUCGGUCAGUCCAGGUAAGAGUCCAGCUUCGGUGGUGGUGGAGGUUCAGGACGGACAGCACUAUGUUUGUACAUACGUUUGAUUGACUUUUUUCUCACCGCUGCGCCGCCGUGAAGGAACGUAGCUGUAGAGUUUGAAACGUCUUCAGGUUUUGCGUCUCCGUAGUCGACCCAGUAGAAACGGCAUGGGAUUCCUCUGCAUGUCACAUGAACAUGGACGUGUGCCUCAAACUGCAGAUGGCGCCAAUCGUAUUAAUUAAUUGAGGCCAGGCUUCCACUUCCACUCAUUGUUUUCACAGCGACGAGGAUUUUUUCUUUUCUUUUUUUUCUUCAAGUUACUCCAACAGUUUCUGAGUCAUUCCCUCCACAGAUUAAUGAAUUUUCUUAUUGAAUUAUCUGCCGGGAACAUCGUGAAUUAUACAACACAUCACUCCGGCCUCAGAAAUCUAAUUUCUCGCAGACAUCUUUCGGCAGUGCUCAUUAUUCCCAUCAACCAUUGAUGGAUUCGCUCCAUGAAAAAUGGAAUGCAGUUCAAACUGUAACGUCAGUCACUCAGUCCAAGCUCUUCUCCCGUUUAAGAACCAAAUCUCCAGCUACAGUCGAACCGAUGCGUUUCAGCCGCGGUGCCGCAGGUCUGGACGCCGUCGCCGUCGUAGAACUGAACCCUGGUUUUACAUCGUGGUUUUUGAUAAUGGACACCAGUCAGGUGUCAGCAGAGGGAGUGAGGGACACAUUAACACACCGGUCCACUCGCAUGUCGUCUCUCAAACUCCAAGGCUACGGUUAGUUUUUAUGGAACUGCAUGAACCUGUCCAUACAUUUACUACACCUAUUGCCACCUCUGUGUGGCGCUGUGGCACCGUAACUGCUGUACAACAUAAACACAUAGUUGUCUUUGGCAAACUUUACUACACAGUUGGUGUGUAGUGCCACCCAGUGGUAAAAAGUGCCCCCGCGGCCCCAUCUAGUUAGCUAGAUUUUCUCGAGUGGUGAAUCUCAAAAAAUACACGAAUGCACAUAUUCAUGCAUGUGUUCGACAAUUACUAAUAAUAACUAUUAGGUAUGUAAUGAUGCGUCGUGAUUUGAUUAAAAAUUGAUACAAUUUUACUCAAUUAGCAUUUUGCAAUUAGCAAUUUAACAUAAAGAGCGAAUCGCACAUCAAUGUGUGGGCUGUGUUAUCUCAAAAAGUCACUGGUCAUACCAUGAGACUACACACUCUCGUACAGUAGGGGGCAGUAUUGAUUGUGCCCCGCUAUAAAACUCCCUCUCUUAUUAUAUUAUAACUAUAACAGAAUUAUCUUUUUCUCUCGACUCUCCACCAGACGUCAGGCUCAGAUUUAAACUUUGAACUUCGUCCUAGCCUUUUAUUCCCCAAUCACCAAAAAUAGAGCAGUUCUAAAUCAACCGUGUGUUAGUAAAGCAAAUAAUUUCCUUUAACUUCAGACGUAGAUAAAAGCCGGAGCCUCGUCUUCUCCUCCAGAGGACAGGAACCAAUAACUGCUGCGCUCUGUUCUCGUUCUUCAUCUGGAUUAUUUAUGUUUCCUUCAUGCCUGCGUUCUUAUCAGGACAAAAGAUGAGGCGAGACGAAAAGACUCUGGGAAUGUUUUUUUUUUCUCUCUCCACCAACACAUUUCACUUUUCCCCGUUUUCAUCAAAAAUUCAGCCGGCUAAAAAUAAAUGGGCAGCGCUUCACAGACGUGAGAACACGGUUGGGUCACAGUCAGCCUCUGUGGCUCCGUAUGGGUUUUUUCUUUGGUUUUUUUUUACCCAGAUCUUAGAGAGCACUAAAGCCCUGGUGCUGCGACCCCUCUGUCAGAGAGAGUGUAUAAAGAGGCAGCUCUCACAGGCUCCGACAUCAGAGGACGGGGAUGAGUGUGGACGGGCGCUGACACGAGACUUCAGUCUCAAGAAAAAAUCCAUUUCUAAAAAAAAAGUUCAAUGACAGAAGGUUUUUUUUUCCCUCUAAGAAAUCCGAGCCAGAAAUUAAAAUUCCUAAAUGUGGAACGUCCUCUAAAUCAAAAGUAAUCCUGGUUGAGUCAUAUAUAAAUAUAUAUUUUUAUUUAUGUCGUUCAAAUGAGCUGAAAAAAACAACCCAGUCGAGCUGCUGCCAGCAGUGAUGUCGCUGUUGUGUUGAAUGCUCAUCUAUAAUACUUCCUGCCACCACUAUGUGGCACUGUGACAAAACUACUACACAUAUAACUAACACAUAUUUCCAUUUUUAAUUUGCUUUAUUUAAAUUCUAAUUUUUCAUUUUUUUUACAUUCUGAAUCAAAAUUGCCUCUGUAGCUCUAAUUUCUUACUGCCAGGAGGUGGCGCUAUCACCGUAAUUCACUAAUCUUGAAAAGUCUUAGAUCUUAAGUCGGCCUCUAAUUUAAAAUUGAUCUCACAAAAGUAAAUAAACUGUAAAAAAAAAAAAAAAAUCCCCAGCACCGCACGACUCAUGUAGCAGUUUGUCAUUUGUUUUUUUUGAUUUUUGCUUUUUAGACUAGUUGUAAAUCUUGUAAUGACUCUUGACAUGAACUCACUGUAGACAUUUUUACGCCACAUUUAGUGCGAGUAAAGAUUGUAGACAAACACUGCAUGUACUGCACAUGUAAAUGUACUGAAGUGAAUGUGAAAAUGCUGACGUUGAUCUCAGGACCUUCAUUUGUCAGAGCUCAGUCUUAAAUGAUCUCAAAUAAAUUGAUAUUUUUAGCCUGAACUAGCGUUGGAGUUUAACGAAGGAGUUUUUAUGACAGAACUUAAGAUAAACGGCAAUACUGUACGUUAGAAUGGAGUGGCGGAAAAAUACAUGAAGGUGGCGCAGCGCUUGUGAGAGUCAGAUCUCGGUGACGUUUGUGUGUGGUCUGAGUGACGGAUGGGUACAGGAUGUGAAUCACGCUGUUUGCAGACGACGCUGUAAUCUAUGCUAAUACUGUAGUAGGGAGUGGUCAGAAGAGGGAGUAGAACGGUGGAAUGAAGAAGGCGUAGGUGAAGAUGAAGCUGGAAAUGUUUAAUAUGGAGGGAUGAUGAAAGUGGACGUAGAAGAAGAUUAGCGGUCAUUAUAGUAAACGACCUGAUGAUCGUUGAUGGAUGAAGGGUGAAGGCCAAUCAGAGCCUCGAUGGAGAACCUUGAUGAAUGCAGCAGACGGAGAA